AACAUGCAUAGAGUAACCCCAAGAAGAAGAAACCUUGCAAAGUUGUUUCAGUUGCUGAAGUUACCCUAGGGUCAAUUGUAUUCCAGCAGGGGAAACCAUGCUCAUACAAAGCCUGCCAGCACUGACUGCUAAGCAAUUGUUUAUCUUGUGGCUAGAUAGUCUGUGAGAAAGAGGGACAAGGGCCUCGCACAUACACCUGUUUAGAAGGAAGUAUGACUCCAUUGUCAGAUGCUGAGGCAGCAGCUGUAGCUUAUGCCGAUGGGCUUGUUGAAUAUAUGACAGAAACUCUGCAGCACAUACUAGUACUUAUUGAUCAACAAAGUGAUUAUUAUGAGAUUGAGGGCAACAGCUGGCUAUCGAAAGAGGAAAAGGAACUUCCAAAGAAGAAACGAGGAAAUUGAAGAACUUGUGCCUGCCAAAUAAAGUAGAGUGAUUAUGACAUUUGAUUUGGUUGGCCAUAAGUUAUUGUUUCUUGCCAAAUGACUCAUGUUUGCCACUUUGAUCAAAAUUAAAAAAGAAAAGGUUUAAUAAAUUAGUAUUUCCUUC